AUUGUGAAAUUUAAUUGGCUCGAUUUUCGGAUUUAUAGUUCCGGUAAUUGUUUUCAAUUUUGUUGCAUUUUAAUUGGAUUUGGACGAUAAUUUGCAGAUGUCAUGGAAAGCCUAUCCGCGGGUCUGUCUGUUAUCGUGUGGGGAUGCACAGGUGGGAUCCUUUUGCUGCUCCUCUGUGCUGUAUUUUACUACAUCUUCAGCUUGAAAAGUGUACUCCAUAGUGAAUGCAGCUCAACCACUACAGCUAUCUUGAGCCUGUGUGCCUCCGUAUUGACAGUCACUUUGAUUCCAGUGGACAUCUUUUUAGUUUCUUCCUUCAAAGAUUCAAAUGGAACAUUUGAGGAUUGGGCCGCUGAUAACAUUACCAGAGAUGAGAUUCAACGAGACAUCCAGUAUUGUUACUAUGCUCUCUAUUGCUGUAAUGCAUUCUUCUUGUUUGUGGUCAUCCCAUUUGUGAUGUUCUACUAUGAAGAAGGAGAUGAAGAUGCUACUGGUUUUCAGCGUUGCUGUACUGCUUCAAAAUACACGGCUGGUUUCAUUUUGAUUGCCUUCAUUCUUCUACUCAUUGGUGCUUUUGUUCCAUGGCAGGGGAUUCCCCAAGAAGAGAAAAAUUCCACAGAUUGGGAACAGUUCAAAUAUCUUAUCAAUGAGUUUGGAAAUGGAAAGGGAUUUGAUGCUCUGUACUUUCUGAUAGGGUUCAUAUCUUUGCUUGGAAUGAUUGGCAUUAUCUUUUAUAUGGCUAUUGGCAUGGCAGCCAUUCCCAUCGAGAUGAUCAAAGGAACCCAAAGAUUGGCCGAUGAGUUGGAUGAAACAGACUCGGCCAUACAGCACAACAUCAGACGCCGCAAUGCCAUCAAUAAAAGGUACCAUGGGUCAAGUCGAUCGGUAUCCAAUCGCGACCGUGGCAGGCUCCAACAGCUGAACGACGAAGAAGAGCUGAUUAAAAGAAAACAGCGCCAUCUAAAGGACAAGAAAGGAUCGUUGAGCGCACGGUGCGGCAGAUUCUGGAGGCCGUUUGAGAUUGUGAUGGGAAUCCUUCUCCUGCUCUUUUCCUUUCUCUUGAUAACAUCCCUUUUCAUGACAAGUUUGGACAGGGCUCUUCAUUCUCUCGGGCCUCGCAGCGGCUAUGUGCUUACCAAGAGGCACUUCCCCAAUCCGAUAGACAUGAUGCUCCUCUAUGCACAGAGGGUGUUUCCGCUGGAUCUUGUGAUCUUCAGCAUCAUCUUGACGUAUUUCUUCUGGACUUCUGUUGGAGGCAUCAAAAAGAUUGGCAUAUGGUUGCUCUGCAUAAGAUUAUAUAGGAUUCGUCCCAGGCGAACCAAGCCUCAAGCGCUUCUCUUCCAGUGUUCCCUUGUGAUCUGUAUGAUAAUGGCGCUGAAUACGAUGCUGUAUACGUUGGCACCUGAUUACUUGAGCUAUGGAUACCAGAGGUACAUGCCGAGCAAUGGUACAGAGGCAGUACAGUGCAAUACACAGGCAGGUGAUGAAUGUGUCAUGACCGUUGCUGUGAAACUGAUGUCCAAGUUCCUCUACAGAGUGUGGUUCUUUGGUGCGUGCUACUAUUGGGCAACGUGGGCCUUCAUUGGCAUGUUUCUUUUGAGUGUGCUCAUCUUUUUCUUCAGACGUCGUCAGUCGGCGAUCGAGGGACACGUUGAGGCUUCCGAUACAGAAGACAGUGAUGAAGAAAUGCUGGAGCCGUAAAGCCGUUGAUGCCUUUAUCUAUUUGUGGAUUAAAAUGGAUCGUAACAGGUCCCGAAGCUGCAUGGGCUGUAAAGCUAUGCCCAGCAUCAAUUUCAACAACAAAAUACGCACUGUAUGUUUUGGACAAUGAUGGUUUGACUAAUGAUUUAUAUUACAAAUUUCCAUAUAGAUGCUCCAGAAAUGCCCCUCCCCUCCCCCUUCAACCCCCCCCCCCCUCAAAAAAACAAAGAAAAAAGAAUGGGGUAAAAAGUACAGCUGUUUACCUUUUUUAGAGUACUCUUGUAUUGAAUUUCUUGAUUUCCUAUGAUUUUUUAAUACAUCUCAGAAAUUAUGGCAAGGGAAAUGCAGUUCCCCUGCUUUAGAAAUCAAGUGUUAGUAUUAGGACCCCUUAAAUUCUGGCAAUAAAAUCAAGAGCUGUUCGGAAAAGACAGCUAGAUUUCCACUUAAAUAAAAUAGUGUUGUGCCAUUUUAUUCUUGGGUAAUGAGCUUUAGAAUAUUUACCAGAAAUUAUGAUAUUAAAUAUUCCAAUAUCUUCAUUUCUAAAAUCACCAAGAGGGUUUUUCACAAACAUUUAAGUGUGACUUGGAGUUACACUUAAAGGUAUAAGACAGUAGUUGCAGCAAAGAAUUAUUUCAUGAGAAAGUCUUUUGAAUCAAGGUUAAUUGUCAAAAUAUUAUAAUACAUCUAGAUCUGGUGCAAUAAUGUAAACUCAGAUUUUUAAAAUCAUGAAAUCUUUUCUCAAAAUCAAUAAUUCUGAUAUCACUAACACGAAAAGGCAUAUUUGGGACAGUGUAUUGACAUUAGUUCGAAAAAUACAAAUAUUUAAUGGAAUUUGGUGCUUUUUAUUGCUAAUUUCUCAGCAAUUACACAUUUUCUUCCAGAGCUCUUUGGCACAUAUUUGUUUAUUUAUACAUACAAACACUUUGAUGGUAAUUUCAUUGGAUUCUGUUCGAACUCAUUUUGAGAUCGUUACCACAACUGGUAUUUAUCUUUAAAUUUCAGUUGCGUGCAAUGUAUAAUGCAUCGCUGCAUAUGGGACGUGAACUAAGGCCUACACAUAUCCAUCCAUCAGAUUAUGCAUUAAAUAACAUGUGCACAUUUAUGCAUUACUCUACAAAGGGAGUGUUGCAAGGAAAUAUUUGCAAUCAAUUGUAAAUUGUAAUGCACUCAACCCAGGUGAGGUGAAUGGGUACCCGGUAGGAAGAAAUUCCUUGAAUGCUUUGAGCGCCGAGGCAGCCCAGCUAAAGCCGGGGCAAUAAUAAUAGCAGGGCCAGCUGGGAGAACAGUUUUCAGAACUGAAGUGGCUUCCCUUGGUAAAUAUACCUAUAUUAUUAUUAUUAUAAAUUGCACUGUUGUAUAUAUACAACCGAUCAACCAAUUUCAACUAACGCGAUUUGAUUUGUAUAUACCUGUUGAUACAAGAAGCUGGCCAUUGAUCAAUUGAAAAUGUGCAAUUAAUUUGCUAGACUUACGGUUGAUUUGGGAACCUAAAAUUGACUUGCAAUCGUUCAUAUGGCUCUUGCAACACACUCUUAAAUCUGUGUGAACACCUCCCUGGGCCCUUUGCAGAAAGAGUUGCAAUGAAUUGUGACUCCAAAAUUCGAUUGCAAUUUGAUUUCUCAACCAAUCGAAAGUGAGAGUAAGGAACUUGGGAUUGAUUUUUACUUAAUUGUAGUUAAUCGCAACUCUUUCUAUGGCGUAGGCCAUGGCGUAAUUUCCUUCAGCAAGAAAUUUAUCCACAUUGUGCUGCACUCAACCCUCGUGAGGUGAAUGGGUACCCUGCAGGAUUAAUUCCUUGGAUGCAUGAGCGCUGAAAGGCAGCUCAAACUAAAGCCAAGGUAAUAAUAACAUCGCACCUCGGAAUAGAAUAUUUCUUGAUAGAUGGCGAUAUAUAAAUGCCUAUUAUUAUUACUAUGUAAAAUGCGUCACAAGAGAAAUUUCAUAUGAAUGGGUGUUGCAUGUCUGAUGGGUCUUUCAUAAAGACUUGUUAUACCAAAUGCACAAUUUCUAUAACAAAUUUACCAUUUAGCCAAUCAGAGUGAAGGGUUUCAGUAGCUUGUAACUGCUAUUGCAAAUAUAACAAAUUUAAUGAAACGGGGCCUGUGAUUGGUGUUUUAUGAAGCUGUUCAUAAGUUUCAAGCGUCUGUACAAACGAUCAUUUCUUAGGCGCAAAUUUAAUCAUUAAAAAUCAUCAUUAAAAUUUGGGGUAUAUCAUUUAGCACAAGGAAUGAUCACCAGUCGUUUGUAACAUCGCUUGUAAAUUACAAACGGCUUCAUGAAACGCCCUCCGGAGCUAACAAGAUGCGUGAGGCUUGAAGGAAAAUGUCAUGAAAUGCUGCGGCUAGAACUUUUCACUUUGGAGAUUUCUCAUGAAAAAUUUUGAGGGGUCUAUUGGCUCCGUGGUCGUGUAAGGGUUUUAAUCAUUUUGAUUUACUCCAGAUGAAAUCUCCAUUAGAUGAACUGAUGAUUGAAAUGUUAUGUUAUCAUCGUAUUUCUUAAUGAAGAAUAUAUUUCCCUACCUUUUUCAAAUUCUAUAAUUAUUAUCAUUAUCAUUAGUAGUAUUAGUUUGUGUAAUCAUUACUCACUACUGCUACUACUCCUUCUACCAUAAUUGCUUCUUAGACUUUAUUCAAUCUGUAAUACAUUCCAGUAUUGAAACAAGUAUUGUUGUAUAUAAGAGAUAUUAUUUAAUAUUUUAUGAAUUAAAUAAAUGGACUUGCAAGCCAAGGUAAUGGAAUACAUAACUACUAAUGAUAUAUUUUAUCUAUAUGAUCAAGAUUGAAAACUGAUGUCCAAGACAAGUUCCUAUACAUCGAUUAAUUUGUGCUUAUACUUUUGUUGUUAAUGCUUAUUAUUUUUGUGCUAUGUGAAAUGGUCGUUAUGUAUGAUAAGAUUUCUCCUCAUUUAUGGCAUGAACUUCAAUCUGUAUGUAUGUUGUUGUAUAUUUAUGCACAUUGAGAUACAGUAACAAAGGAUUUAUAGAUAUCAUUAA